AUGUCAAAGUCCUUGCUAAUCCCAACUGAAAAUGAUUAUUUAGAUGCUCAUGGAGAUCAAACAGAACAAAAAGAAUAUAAUGAACUUUGGAAGAAUAAAUUAAGUAAAGAAAGAAACUCACAAGGUGAAUUAAUAUUUCCAUGGUCAUUUGAAGUAGUUCAAGGAUUUUUCAAACAAAGUGAUGAAUCGACGGAUGACAGAACUUUCAAUUAUGUAAAUGAACAUAUGGGUCGUCUUAAAAGUUGGGAAGAUAUAACUGGUGAAUUAUUAAAAUUAAAUCAACAAGCACCAGAUAAUGUAGAAUAUAAAUUAUUAUUCUUAGCAAGACAUGGUCAAGGAUAUCAUAAUACUAUAGUUGAAAAAUAUGGUUUAGAACAAUGGGAAAAAAAAUUACAUAAACUUGGGGACUAUGAAGGUGUACAUUAUGGUCCUGAUCCUGAAUUAACUGAAAUUGGUCAAAAACAAGCUAAAGAAAAUCAUGAUCUUUGGGAGAAAGAAAUAAAAUUGGGUGCACCAAUACCUGAUAAAUUUUAUGUAUCACCAUUACAAAGAUCAUGUAAUACUUUAAAAAUAACAUGGGAUGGAUUGAAACCUGAUUCAAAAAUUCCUUACGUAAAGGAAAAAUUGAGAGAAACUAUAGGUAAGAAUCUUUGUGAUAAACGUAGUUCUAAAUCCAUAAUAAAAGAUAGAUUUGGAAUUUAUGGAUUCAAUACUGAUGGAAUUAUAGAAGAAGAAGAUACAUUUUUCACUGAUAUUCGUGAAACAAUGGUUGAACAAUCAAUUAGAAUUAAUGAAUUUUUACAAGAAUUAUUUUCUUCCGAUUGUGAUUCAAAUGGUAAAGUAAACAAAGAAAAAAGUAUUGAAAAUAUUUUUAUAUCAACUCAUUCUCAUGCUGGUACAAUUCGUGCUUUUUUAAAUGUAUUAUUUCAUAGAAAUUUUACAAUAUCAACUGGUGGAAUGAUCCCUGUUGUUAUAAAAGGGACUAAAAGACAAUAA